AUGUCAUGUUGGCAUUCAAAACGAAAACAUUUUAUUGCAUUUUUGGUUUCAUCACUAAACAAUGAAGCAAAUGACAAUGAUAUCUCCUCUGGACUAACGCUACCAGAAUUAUUUGAUGAAAUUAAAAGUCUUAUCCUUACUGGCUUUGAUACAACAUCUACUGCUCUGUCUUGGUUUAUUCAUUAUGCGUCGAAACAUCCUGAAGUUCAACAACGAAUUAAAGAUGAACUUCGAGAACAUAAUCUCAUUCCAAUGACCAGUAGUGUUGCGCUUACAGCAGAUAUUCUCACUAAACUCACCUAUAUGGAUUGUGUGAUUAAAGAAGUAUUGAGAUGUGCACCCAUUGCUUUCAAUGUCUUACGCAUUGCUCUCUGUGAUGAUCUGAUCGAUGGAACAAUUCAUGUGCGAAAAGGUGACACUAUUUUUAUGUCAAUACACAAUAUUCAUUCAGAUCCUCGAUAUUGGCGUAUUGAUGCAUCACGAUUUGUUCCUGAACGAUUUUUACAUGAAGACAAAGAUCAUCAUUCAUAUGCAUUUUUACCCUUCGAUGGAGAUUAUCGCGCAUAUGCAAAUAGUGAGUUCCAUUAUUUUCUCAGUGCAUCUGUUGAUAAAACAAUCGGUUUAUGGAAAGGAAAAGAUGAAGAUUAUACAAAGUAUACUUCACUUGUUGGACAUCAGAAUAGUGUGACAACUGUGGUUGGUUAUCAACAAUCUCCUAAUGAUGAUAUCUAUGUAGCUAGUGGUUCUGCAGAUUCCACAGUAAAAAUCUGGUGUAUCAGUGAUACGUUAGCUACUUGUAUUCAUACAAUUGAUUUUAUGAAUGGUUUUGCUAUUACAUUGGAAUUAGUUCCAUUAGAUAAUCAUAAAAAUAUAUUCUUAUUAUUUGUUGCAACGGAUAAAAAUAAAGUUCAAAUCUAUCAAGUAUCAAACAGCGUGAUUGAACAAAUUUUUGUAUUGACUGGACAUGAAGAUUGGAUACGUUCAAUAACAAUUCAAAAAUUAACAUCAUCUCAAUGGUUUGUUGCAACUUGUUCUCAAGAUAAUUAUAUUCGUAUUUGGCAAUUAUCAUUUGAUGAAAGUAAUAAUCAAACAAAUGUUGAUUCAACAAUAUUAAAAUUAAAACGAAGUUCAUUUGCUGUAAAAGUUUCUGAUGAAUCUCCAAUUAAUGUUAAUGUUGAACUUUAUUCAAUUUUAUUAGGACAUGAAGAAGCCAUUUAUGGUCUUUGUUGGUAUCCAAAUACAGAUUUAAAAAAAGCAGCAACAACAAUUCUAUCAGCAUCAAUGGAUAAAUCAAUGGUUUUAUGGACUUUUGAUGACAAUCAAAAAAUGUAUAUCGAUAAAGCUCGUGUGGGUGAAAUUGGUGGUAAUACACUUGGUUUUUAUGGAUGUACAUUUAGUUCAUGUGGUUCAUAUAUACUUGGUCAUGGUUAUGAAGGUGCUUUACAUUUAUGGAAAAUUGAAGAAAUUGAUGAUCGAAUUAAUUUAAUUCCACAAGUAAUUAAUAGUGGACAUUUUAAUACAGUUGAAGAUUGUUGUUGGGAUAAACAUAGUGGUCGUUAUUUAUUAAGUGUAUCAACAGAUCAAACAACACGUUUACAUGCUGAAUGGAAACGAAAUGAAAUAAUUUCAUGGCAUGAAAUUGGUCGACCACAAAUUCAUGGUUAUGAAAUGAAAUGUUUAACUUUUAUUGGUUCAAAUCAUCAACGUUUUGUAUCUGGUGCUGAUGAAAAAAUUUUACGUGUAUUUGAUCCACCGAAAAAUUUUCUUGAAAAUUUUGCUCGUAUAACAAAAAUUAAUGUUGACGAAGAUAUUCAAAAAGCACAAUCUUUGCCUGAGGGUGCUAAUGUACCAGCAUUAGGUUUAUCAAAUAAAGCAAUUUUUGAUAAUGAUGAAGAUCAAACAACAACAACAACAACAACAGUAAUGGAUGAUAAUCCAAUGACUGUUGAUGGAUUAUAUAAAGAAGGAUUUUUUAAAGCAAUUGUUUUGAAUGAACCACCAUUUGAAGAACAUCUAUUACAAAAUACACUUUGGCCUGAAAUUCAAAAACUUUAUGGACAUGGUUAUGAAAUCAUUGCUGUUGCAUCAAAUCCCUCUGGUUCAAUCAUUGCUUCAUCGUGUAAAGCAAGUCAACAAAAUGAUGCAGCAAUUAUAUUAUGGAAUACAAAUACUUGGAAACCUAUUAUUCGUCUUGCUAUACAUCAAUUAACAGUUGUUCGAAUGACUUUUUCAAAUAAUGGUCAAUAUUUAUUAUCUGUAUCACGUGAUCGAUCUUGGUCAUUAUUUGAAAUAGAUGAAACAAAUUUUCAAGCUCGUUUAUAUAAACGAAUAUCUAGUAAUAAUCCAUAUCAUAAACGUAUAAUAUGGACAUGUAGUUUCUCACAUGAUGAUAAAUAUUUUAUAACGGGUGCACGCGAUCAAAUUAUACAUGUAUGGCAUGUUAAUGAAAAAAGUCAUGAUGAUAAUGAACAACCUUGUGAAAAAAAUUAUUUAAAAUUAAACGAUUCUGUUACUGCUGUUACAUUUGCAUCUCGAUUGAUCGAGAAUGAAAAAUAUUUUGUUGUAGCAGGACUUGAUAAUGGUACUGUUUUAUUUUAUACAUGGAAUGAACAAAUAUCUUGGCAACAUUUAACAUCAAUCACACCACCGCUCGGUUUUCAUUUAACUGUGAAUCAAUUAUGUUUUCGUCCAUCAUUAUUAUUAUCAUCAUCAUCGUAUCAAUUAGCUGGUUGUUCGAAUGAUGGCACUGUUCGUAUUUUCAACAUUUCAUUAUCGUGA